AUGGACGUCGAAAAGACAAUUAGAGACCUCAAACCCCUUGUUGGGCAAGUGUUUCCCAUUCGAACAGUCCAAGAGACAAGGCCCCAAGAAGAAUUCGGCGAUGCCUUUGUUGCUGAAGUCAAUGUGAAGGCUGCAUCCAAAGUGAUCAAGGCUCUCGACUCGGCUUUUCCCAGAGACGCUUCCCUUCCACUAUCCCACCUCCGUCGCUUCGCCAAAAGAGAAUUACUCCCACCGCCGCUGAGGGCAGCGAUUGAAAGCCAGAGCGUUCCUUUGGCGUCCCCAGCACAAACCAUCUUCGUCCUCAUAUCACCACCAUUGCCUGAUCUUACCACACUCCAGGCCUUGCUCGCACCAUUUGCGCCGGCCACGGCGCCGGCCGCUACAAACGAUCCUUCAACUACAAAUGAAACCCCAGACGAAGCUUCACAUUCCGAUCCUCCAUCCCCUACUAUUCAACUUCACCCCAUCAAAAUCCCUCUUGCACCCCCCUUCAACGCAACCCAAGCCGAAACAUGGGCCAAGACCAUGUGGCCGAUUAUAUUUAACCCAGCUGCACCUCGCUCAACUGUCGCACCGCCCCCUCAAACCCUAAAACGCGCACAGGAAUCUAUUGAACCACGGGCAGGGUACUAUCUAUCCCUAGCGCGCAAAGUAGCAGAGGAAGCAGAACAAUCCGGGCUAGGCCGCGGCGUAGGCGCAGUGAUAGUCGACCCUGCCAUCGAAGAAGAGAUAACCGAGGCAGGCUAUGAGGCCGGAUACGACACUACAGCAGAAUGGACCGAAGCAGUCCUCGCAGCUGCCGGUGAUGCGCGGUACUCUCGUUCCGAGGCGGGUGCGCCAUCCCAAGCCCAGCUGCACGCCGGCGUAGCGCCGAACCCAGCGAGCAAGACAUACAACGCCGAUGUCGAGGGCGGACCUGAACUGCACGCUCUGAUGCGUGCUGUUGAGCUGAUUGCUCGUUGGCGCCGAGAACACGAGCAUCUUGACGAUGUGGCUGCAUCAACGGCUCCUGCAGACCCAUCGAAGCCAGAACUAGAACACCCAGAGCUGAGCGCUUUCGAAUCAUACUUCUUAUACCGACACCGUCCCGCUACUUCCACCAGCAUCUCAAGCUCACCUCAGCCUCCGUCCUCCCCAUUGAAGAGGAAGCAUGAAGUCCCUAACCCUGAAUCCGACUUGACUACCAACCUCUCUACAGACCCUUCCCAAGACCAACUCCACAACCCACCUCUACCCGCUCCUCCCCCAUCUACAGUGAUACUUGCGGAUUCUUCUACCUCGGCUACAACACCUGCAGUUCCGCGCAUUCGCACCCGCUCGCAGGGUGGCUACCUUUGCACAGACUUAGACGUCUAUCUUUCUCAUGAGCCGUGUCUGUGCUGCUCUAUGGGCAUGCUUCUCUCCCGGUUCCGAUCUGUCAUCUUCCCUAGACGUGGGAGACUAGAAAGUGGUGGCUUGUCUUCUGAGCCGGUAGUUGGUCCUGUGGCCGAUGAGAUUGAUCAAGCAGUAGAGGCUGAUGCUUCUGCGGUCGACGGGCAGGACGAGAGGGGGUACUACGGGCUGCAUUGGAGGAAGGAGUUGAACUGGAGGGCUCUUGGGUUUGAGUUUGUGGAGGAUGGCGACGAGGAUGUGGAAGUGAAGAGUGAGGCUGGAAUGCCUGUCUUCCAUGCUUGA